UCAUAAAUAAAACCAUUAAAUCAGUUGGCAAUCUCUCCAAUCAUUCGCGAGCUUCUCUCAAGUUAAGUCAAACGUAAUUUGGAAACCAUGAAGUCCUUCGCAAGCAUCAUUCUAUUGCUGACCAUGACGGUUCUGGUCACUCCGCACACAAUCAAAGAUCUGGUGGAGGAAUGCAAAGCGACCGUUCCGAUGAGUGAAGAGUUGGAAAAAUCCUUCCUGGAGUUGAAGUUCCCCCCGGAGGAAAAGACUGCCCACUGUUUGCUGGAGUGCAUCGGCAGGACGCUCAAAGUGUUGGACGAAAAAAGUGGAAUCAACCUGGGCGUCAUCACCACCCUGCUGCAGAGCGUAGAACCGGAGGGGGUGGUCAGCGAGGAACAGGUCAAGUGCGUGGCCGAAGCUGCCCAGAAGAAAAAGGACCACGAGGGGGAGGAACAGGAUGACGACCAGUGUUUGAUGGCGUUCAAGUUGUACGAGUGCUUCGAGAAGGAGUUUGUGGCGUUGAUGAAGCUGAAUGAGGAGUGA